AUGGAUUUGCAACAAAUUGGGCAGCCUAAAUCAUCUAAUGGAUAUGGUCGUUGGAAAUUUGAGAAAGAAGUGGCAACUAAGUCUGAUAAUAGGAUCCCCUCUGGAAAGUCAAAUGCCAGCAGCAGAUUAGCAAGUACAGGUGUAGUGACUGGCAAUAAAGGUGGUAGUUAUGGGAGUCCUUCACAUGAUCGACUAGUAUAUUUAACAACAUGCCUUAUUGGGCAGCAUGUGGAAGUCCAGGUGAAAAAUGGAUCUAUUUACUCUGGAAUAUUUCAUGCAACAAAUACUGACAAAGAUUAUGGAAUCAUUUUGAGAAUGGCUUGUUUGACAAAGGAUGACUUUUUGCAAGGACAGAGAUCUGAUGUAGAACCUGUCAGCAAAGCUCCUUCUAAGACUCUAAUUAUACCUUCCAAUGAUCUUGUACAAGUUAUAGCAAAGGAUGUUUCUGUUUUCAGAGAUGGCCAAACUAGUGAACCUCACUAUGAUAUGCAUCAUGAGAUCAUGGUUGAUUCAGUAAUCUCCCAAUCUCGUCAUGUAGAGACAGGUAGAGAAUUACAGCCAUGGGUACCUGAUGAAGAUGAUCCAGAAUGUCCUGAACUGGAAAAUAUAUUUGAUGGCCCUUGGAAUAGAGGAUGGGAUCAGUUUGAAACAAACAAAAUGUUAUUCGGUGUGCAAAGCACAUUCAAUGAGGAGUUAUAUACAACAAAGCUUGAAAAAGGACCUCAGACAAGAGAGUUGGAAAAGCAAGCUUUAAGAAUUGCAAGAGAAAUUGAGGGUGAGGAAACCCCAGAUCUUCAUCUAGCAGAGGAAAGAGGCCUUUACCAUAGCUUUGAUAUUGAUGAAGAAACCAGAUUCUCUUCAGUCUAUAGGGGUACAGUUGAUGAUAUUGGAUAUGACGAAAAUGAGGACAAGUUGGAUUCACACAAUUCUGAAACGUUUGAUAAUAUUUAUGGUUUAGUCAUUAAGAGACCAGGUGAAGUAAGCCAGAAAGGAAAUAAUGCAGCUCAAACAUGGUCAAAUUUCUCCUCUGUGGGUCACUCAGAGUUAUGUCAUUCAAGUACUGGUAUGGAUUCGUGUCGUACUGGUUCUAAUGACCAUGCUAAGCAGUUAGCAUCUGAACUGCCUGCCCAGAGUUGUUCACAUUCAGAUGGUGAAAGCAGGAUUCAGGAGAACUCAGCUAAUAACCUACAUGGAGCCAAUGAUAAUACUGUGGAAGAAAAGUGGAUACAAGCUGAGGAUGUCCAACUGUCAAAAUCUCAGGAUAUACAGUCAUCACUUAAAUCGAAGAAAGCUGGUUCUGAAGAAGGGGGGUUAUCUCCUAACGGGGCCUCCUCUGCCUCUUCUACUCAUAUUUUAUCGAAAGCUCUUGAAGAAACUGUGUCGGUUGGAGAAACGAAGUCUGUAAUUUCACGUGGAAGACUAGGUGGUUGUACAUCCUCUGGUCCUGGUAUAUCACCAAGUUCUUCGGUUGGUUCACUGUCUUCGGAGAAGUCAACUCUCAAUCCCUAUGCCAAGGAGUUCAAACUCAACCCUAAUGCAAAGAGUUUUAUGCCAUCCCAAGCACAUGCUAGGCCCCGCUCCCCAGCGUCUGAUGGUUCCUUCUAUUACCCAGCUGCUGUAUCCUCCGUACCAAAUAUGCCAGCUAUGCCCAUGGGUAUUGGAGUUGGAACUACUUUUGCAGGUCCACAGCCUGUCAUGUAUAAUCCACAAGUGGCACAAAUGCCAUCGCAGCCAUAUUUUCAUCCAAAUGGACCACCGUAUGGACAACUUCUUGGUCAUCCUAGGCAAAUUUUAUACGUGCCAAGUUACCAACCUGUAAGGACUCGCAUGAGAUGCCGUAUAAGGGACGGGAUUACUGACCGCCUAGUUGAUUGCAUUCCUGGCACUUCGGAUCCAUGCCUGAAAAGAAUGAACCAAGUGGAUGGCUUAAAGAAUAAGAAGAAGGAAAUAGAAGGGCGUGAGAUUGGAAGGAGCAUUGAAGGAGCGUGGAGAGCAUUUAAGAGGAACACAGAAGUCUAUGGAGUAGGAGGCAUCACAGUCUGA